AUUAUACUACUUCACUACUUGCCUCUUGCCAAUUAAUUUAAUCUUGAUUAUCUUACAAUUUUUUUUUUUAUUCUACAAUAAAACUAUAAUUAAGUAACUGCAUUAUAAAUAUGUGUACGUGAAACGUGAACAUCAAAUCACUUAUAUCAAAGAACAAACUUAUAUGUUAUGUCUUAUGUAAUAGGUAUUGAUAUUUUAGAUAAUUUACAACGAUGUCUAUUAUAUACUCAAUAUAGGUAAUACAUCUCAAACAAAAUUAAUUAAUUAAAUUUAAUCACAAGCCAUGAGUCAUACUGAAUACAAAAAAGAAAAUGGAUUACCAUUUUAUGCAAGUGGUCUAGUUGUUAAAGGAUUUGGUCGAGGAUCAAAGGAUUUGGGUAUUCCUACUGCUAAUUUUAGUCGUGAUGUAAUAAAAGAUUUACCUGAAAACAUAAACACUGGAGUAUAUUUUGGAUGGGCACAAGUUGACCAUUCACCAGUUUACAUGAUGGUUAUGAGUAUUGGUUGGAAUCCGUUUUAUCAAAAUGUUGAAAAGUCUAUGGAAAUCCAUAUACUCAAACAAUUUGAUGAAGAUUUUUAUGGAUCAAAUUUAAAAGUUAAGGUUGUUGGUUUUAUUCGACCAGAAUUAAAUUUCAACUCUGUAGAGGAACUAGUCAAAACUAUUCAUUCCGACAUUGAAUAUGCAAAACAAAAUUUAGAUGAAAAUGACAAACCGGACGUCUACUUUAGUUAAUAAAUUAUAAUUAUAAAUUGUAAGCAAUUUAAAUUUAAAUUUAUUAUUCCAUACUGUAAUGAGUAUAAGUAUCAUAGGUGUGUGCAAGGAAGCAGCAAAAUUUGCUUCUGUUGUUCCUGAAGAGUUUGAAUAGAUUUGUUUGGACCAAAUGGUAACAUAUAAUUAAAAUAUCAUGAAUUAAUAAAACCAUUUUUUUU